AUGGAAGUAAGUCCAGUUAAUCUACAUAAAGAGGAAACAGAAGAAAACAAAGCCAUUGUGCAACAAGAUUCUGAAACCGCUGCUGAAACCGUAACCACUGCUUCGGAUGAAAAGCAUGAAGUUGAAGCCGGCGAUGAAGUUAACCAAGAACCAGCAGUUGACAAUGAUGGAAAUGACAAGGAUAAUCAGUCAGAUGAUAAACAGAAUCAAGACGAGGCCGCUAUUGAUCCUGCACCUCAAGCCGAUACUACUGAUACCACUGAAAAGGACAGUGAAACCAAGACAGAACCGGAAGAAGUAAAAGAACCAGUAGAAAGCAAAGAACCAGAACAAGUUGCUGCUACCGAUGAGCCCGAUGUCAAGAAAUCUACCAAUGAAAUUGUUCAGGAGCUAUUUGCAGAUGCAACUCCAACAGCUGACAAUAAACUGUCAAGUCCCGGUAAUCUUGAAAGCGAAGACUAUGACCCAGAAAGUGCUUUUACUGAUAGCAAUAUUGAGAAAGACUCUAAAUUUAAUGAUAAUUCUGAAAUUCAAGAGAAUAAAGACAAUUCUGAUUAUGAACCUGAACUCAAAGAGGACGCAGAACGUAAAUCACCAGCCACUGCAAGUAUUUCUAUAACAAAACCUCAUGGACCAGCAGGAUUACCUCCAAAACCUCCAGUCAAUGCCACAGUCAAACCAUCUACAGCAGCUAUUACAGAAGAAAGUAGCUCUCAACAACGAUUGAAAGAUGCCUAUGAUGCUAUUAUAAAUAGCCCUAUUGGAAGAGACCCGGAAUUUUUAAAGUUACCAGCAGAAGAGCAAGUAGACGCAAUUAAAGAUCAGUUACAAAAACUUGGAAUUGACCUAUCUUCUGGAAGCCACCCUAUCAAUUUUGAUCAAGUGUAUUCUUACAAUAAGCCAUUUAAAAACUUGAAAGACCCAAUUCCUUUAGUUCCUAUUGGUCAAUUCUGUCGUAGACCAAAUAUUACUGCUCCAACGACUCCCGAAGAAGAACAGGAAUAUGCAGAUUUUAUCGAAAGAGAGAAUUAUUACUUGAAUUUACAAAACUGGGACGAAUUCCCAGAUAAGCUGAGAUUAUUUAUUGGUAAUUUACCGGCAAACACCAUUUCCAAACAAGAUUUGUUUAGAAUUUUUUCUAAAUAUGGUGAGGUUAUUCAGAUUGCAAUCAAAGCAGGAUAUGGUUUUGCCCAAUUUAGGACUGGAGAAGCAUGUUUAGAGUGCAUCAAAGGUGAAACUAAUAUUCCAUUACAUAACAAGAUCUUGAGAUUGGAUGCCUCAAGACCACAAAAGUCAAGACGUCCAGGUCAUCCUGAAAUUAAUAAUCCAAACAUGAGCGGACGUGGCAGAGAAAGAGUUAGAGACGAAAGUCAAGAUCAAGAUGAACAACCUAGCCAUAAGAAGAGAAAGGGUAACAUUGAUUGUCAAGUUUAUGUUACUGGGAAAUCAUCGGUUUUCUUCAUAAGAAAAGUUAAAAAAGCCUUUGCAAUGUCACAAGUGACCAUAGAUGUUGAAGAUGUAACCCAAAGAAAUAUAAACGAGGUUUUGAGUGAAGCUGCAUAUUCAGGAGUAUUGGCUGCCUGUGUGAUCAAAGAACAAAAAGUCGAUAUCCAAACAUUUGAAAGCACACCCGAUGGAGGAAUCAAAUUCGAUGAAUAUGCUGAUGUGGAACCCGAAGAAGGUGCAGAAAUAGUCUUAAAGGCCAAAGUUAAAAAAUAUGGUGAUAGAUUACCAGCUUAUGUUCCUCAAGAUACUAGUUACCAUGAUAAUUCAAGAAGUCAUCCUGCUGGCCCUGCUUACAAUAGUGGUCCUCGUAGAGGAGGUGAGCGUAAUAGGGGAUCUAGAAGAGGUGAUAGACAUGGUGGUAGACGUGGUGGAUAUGGUGCGCCUAAUAACGAUUACGGUCAUGGACGUGGCCGAGGUUCUAAUCAUAAUUCUUGGAAUCAACAACCCUAUGGGUCCGUGCCGCCACCUCCGCAACAACAACCUUAUGGCUCAGUACCACCGCCACCACCACAAUCUUCAUCAUCACGACCACCACAAUCUUAUGGUCAACCGUAUUACGGGAAUCAACAACCUACUUAUGGUUCACCUGUGCAACAACCAGCUAUGAAUCAAUGGAAUUCUCCUCCUCAACCUCCACAAAAUCCAGCUGCCAAUUUAUUACAAGGGCUUAACCCAGCACAAAUUCAAAGCAUGAUUCAAUUACUUCAAUCUCAGCAACAAGGAGGGCAGCCACCACAAGGGAAUUACGGACAACCUCAAAGACCUGCCCCAAAUAGCUAUGGAGGUAUGGGUUAUAAUAAUAAUAAUAAUUACGGAUCAAAUGCCCCAUCAAUGGCUCCGCAACCUCAGGGAUCGAAUGACAAUAGUGCUAAUCAAGUUCAAGCAUUACUUGCUCAAUUGCAAUCCAAUCAACAAGGCAAUUCUUAUGGACAGCCUUCUUCCCAAAAUCAACAGGGCCAAGGUAGUUCUUUCUAUGACACCUUGUCUAGGUUAGCCAAACAAUAG